GGCAGCAGCAGCACCACCACCACCGGGGAUCAGCCAGAGCAAGAGCCAGGAUGCCAAACUGGGGUGGAGGAAAGAAGUGUGGCGUGUGCCAAAAAACAGUGUACUUUGCUGAGGAGGUGCAAUGUGAAGGCAACAGUUUCCACAAAUCAUGCUUCUUAUGCAUGGUCUGUAAAAAGAACUUGGACAGCACUACAGUGGCGGUGCAUGGAGAAGAGAUCUACUGCAAAUCAUGCUAUGGGAAGAAGUAUGGACCCAAAGGCUAUGGCUUUGGGCAGGGAGCUGGGACUUUGAGCAUGGACAAGGGAGAAGCACUGGGGAUCAAACACGAAGCGCCUCAACCACAUCAGCCCACCAAUAAUCCCAAUGCUUCCAAAAUGGCACAGAAAGUGGGAGGUGCUGAUGGGUGUCCUCGCUGUGGGCAGGCUGUGUAUGCUGCUGAAAAGGUGGUUGGAGGUGGAAAGUCAUGGCACAAGGCCUGUUUUCGAUGUGCGAAGUGCGGCAAAAGCCUAGAGUCCACUACUUUGGCUGAUAAGGAUGGUGAAAUCUAUUGCAAAGGCUGUUAUGCCAAGAACUUUGGACCCAAAGGCUUUGGCUUUGGGCAAGGAGCUGGAGCACUGGCCCAUGCCCAGUGAAAAGAUGGGCUCUGAGCUCUCCUUUCCAACACUGAAUGCUUUGCCAAUGCUGAGCUCAUCAGUAUGUCACUGAUGAAGAACAAGGCCACUUCACCAAUUCUUGCAAAUGUAUUAAUAAUACAAUAACACAAUCUGAUGCUUGCCAAUGUAUCACAUGUUUGCUACCUGGGCAGCCAACCAUGGCCCUAUUCUAGAGGUCCUUAAAGACACUAAACAUUUCCAUGUAUUACCAUGGGUUCUAACCUGCCAAGACUCAUGUUUCUAUAAUGACCUCUAUUAAUACACACUUACACCUUCAACAAUAAUCAAAACUACAGCAAGGUUAUUUUCUAUGAAAACAGGACAUAUAUUAUGAUAUAAAGUCUUAUCGACAAAUGAUAUAUCAAGGCGAUUGUGAACUGAUUACAAGGACAAAGAGCUGGAACCAACUCAGAUGUCCAAGCUGUACAGACAAAAGAAAAAAAAUGUACAGCAUGUAAAUAAACCACAUUCCCAGAGUUUUUAUGAGGGAUUAUAAACAAAUGUCUUAAUUCUCCUAAAUCCAAAAAUAUUUUUCAUUAAUAUAUUCCACAGUGACCACUGAUUCAGGCAUCUUUUCUUGGGAGAAGUUGUAUUACAUACAAAUAAGCUUCCAGAAAUCACUGUUCCAGAUACAUAGAUGACAAUUCCACUGACACUGCUCAGCACUUUCAUCAUUCCUAAAAAGAAAUACAAUGAGAUAUUCAGUUUCCCUGAUGCCAUCUUCACUAAUUCUAUUAUGUACAACAACUGAGAGCAAUGAAAUUAAAAAGUCUAAAGUUCCAGAGAGUUGCUAUUGCUUGUUGUUAUCAUUCCACUCUGUAUCACUUUCCCCUUGAAUAAAGGAAGAAUUGAAUGAA